AUGAAGGUGGGCUGUGACCCUUCAGAGCUGUACAGGCCAGAGAGCAAUGGUGAGAAUGGAAAGUCCAAGGAGGGAUACAGGAAUUUCAAGGAUGGGCCCCUGAUGGACCGAGUGUACAACACUUACUUGCAGAUGCACACCAACCAGACGGUGGAUUUUGUACAGAAGAAGAACGAGGAGUAUGGAGGCUGCCGUCUCCGUCGGAUGACCAUCAUGGAGGCCUUGGACCUGCUGGACAAUGUGGUCGAUGAAUCGGACCCUGACGUCGACUUCCCCAAUUCCUAUCACGCCUACCAGACGGCGGAGGGUAUCCGGAAAACACACCCUGACAAAGAUUGGUUUCACCUGGUCGGACUACUUCAUGACAUUGGAAAGAUCUUGGCACUCUUUGGUGAGCCACAAUGGGCCGUGGUGGGCGACACUUUUCCAGUGGGCUGCAAGGUCCAGGACUCGGUCGUCUUUCGGGACUCCACCUUCCACAACAACCCCGACAUGACGAACCCCUUGUACAACACUAAGUAUGGGAUCUACCAGCCUCAUUGCGGCUUGGAGAAUGUCCUGAUGUCCUGGGGCCAUGACGAGUACAUGUACAAAGUGAUGAAGCACAACAAAUUUGCUCUCCCUCAGGAGGCCUUCUACAUGGUCCGGUUCCACUCCUUCUAUCCCUGGCACACGGGGGGAGACUACAUGCACCUGUGCAAGGAGGACGACCUCCGGAUGCUGCCCUGGGUGAAAGAAUUCAACAAGUUCGACCUGUACACCAAGUGCGAGGAUCUGCCCAAUCCGCUGGAGCUGAAGCCGUACUACCAGGGCCUGAUAGACAAGUACUGCCCAGGUGAGCUCUCCUGGUGAUGCUCAAAACGGGAUCCGCUUCCUUGUCGCCGAACCAGCCGCUGCGACCGACUCCCCGGCCUCUGCCACAGGAUGGACACCUGCCAAUCUCUCAAUGUCUGCGCAACUGCAAGGAACAGGGUGUGAAGAAACACACGGGAGGACAACACACCUCAGGGUUGCGCAGGGGCCGUUUCGGCGCGGUUUCCGAAAAACGGCAAAAUCCAUUCGAAACAGCACAAGAUCCCUCUUUCGAAAACUAAUAAAACGCUAUUCAAAUCGA